AUCCCUCUGGAGACAAUCCUUCAUCGGAUGAUCCAUCAUCCGGCGAUCAUGUCCCUGGAAGUCCAGCUCCACAAGAGCCGCCUCUCAGAGGCUCAAACUCUGUAGGACACGGUUCAAACGAUUCCCCUGCGUAUUCAGACCCUUCAUUACGUCAAGGUGGCUCUCGACUUGAUUCAGGAGAGCAUUCUGAAUCAAGCGGUGCGGCUGGCGGGAUUGAUAGUGAUGGCGGCCCUGCUUCGGAAAAUUCUCAUUCCCAUGUACCCUCUGGACAAGAUAGAGCCAGCGGCUCCGCGAAGUCAGGACCAGAAGAUGGAUCUUUAGACGGUUCAUCAGCAGGACUUAUUUCUGAUCAAGAUAGUGACCGCGAAUCAGCCGCAGGGGAGAUUUUAUCACUACUAAACCCGACUAGUAACACAGGUACUGGUGGAGAAAUAGUCUCAAUAGUCCAUGACCAGAACGAUGGACAUAGAGUGGAUGCGCCUCACACAAGCGGUAGCAGUCAAUUUGAUAGCGAUCCGACAUCCAAUGUGCCCGACGAGGUCCAAGCCGUGGGUUCUGGCUCCGCUCAAAGUCCGAACUCAGAGGCAAAUGACCACAAUACGCACGAACAUGACCUUCAUGCUGGCACUGGCUCUGCUGAGAGUGUCGACCAGGUCCAAGACGAUGUGCCAAGCAUUGUCCACACACCUAUUUUUGCGGACCCAUCUCACUCCAGUGGGAUCGUUGUCGGUACGCAUCAUAUCGCUCAAGGUCAAACUACCAAAGUAGACAGUACUCCAAUCUCUGUCGGUGCGAAUGGUAUUGCAGUCGGCACCAGCUCUCUAUUAACCAUACAAAGCUACCAUAAAACGCCAGCAGUGGCCGCGGCUAUUGCAACGCUUGGCCAUAAUGUAGUUUACGCCGAUCCUUCUAGUUCCGGUGCUGUGGUUAUAGAAGUCACGCAAACACUUUCCCCAGGUCAGACUACGCUUGUGGAUGGCAUGUCAGUAUCCGUCGGUCCACAAGGCAUGAUCAUCCGUGGCAGCACUACCUUGCCUCUUCCUCCCCUUGCUGCGAGUGCAGGUUCACCGGGAUCCGCAGCUAUCAAGAUUGGCUCUGAGACCUUGACAGCGUUUCAGCAAUCAGGUCAGCAGGCCAUUGUGAUUGGAUCGUCUACACUUCUUGUUGGCGGUCCUCCUCUUACGACUGCUGGUGAUGUGAUCUCUGCGGCUACAUCCGGUGUUGUAGUGAUCAGUAGUGGCAGUACUAGCAUCUACUUGUUCUCCUCUACUGCUACUAAAAGCGUCGCACUGCCCAAUAGUGCAGUCGAAGUUGAAGCAGCGUUUACCAUUGAUGGCAAAAAGCUUACAGCAUACGAAGUAGCUGGUCAGAGUAGCAAAGCGGUGUUGCUCGGAGGCGAUGGAAAACUGCUCACUCUUGUAGCUGGCGGCUCUGCAGCUACGAUAGAUGGACAGAGAGUAAGCUUGAGGAGAGAUGGUGUCGUGGUCGGUACGGGCAGUAGGGAGGCGGCGUGGAGCACGGCCAUUGGCGUGAGCCUGCCUGCGAAGGUGACGUCGACGGUUCCAAGCUCAGAGCUGGGACCUUGGAGUACGACAAGUGGGAGUAUAGGGACGUCUGGAACUGGUAAUGCAGGUGUGAGUGGAAGCGCGAGCGCGUCAAGUACCAAGUCUGUUGCCGCAGGAACAAUCUAUGGGAAGCCUGGACUAUUUGGCAUAAGUAUAUGCAUACUUGUGGCAAUAUUGAUAAUGGUCAUUAGAUAGAGCUUAUCUCCUUAACACGAAUUACAUAACUCCCUACGAAAUAAGAAUGAGUGAUUACAGGGUCAGAU